AUGUCAUUCAUUUCUGAAGCCAUUUAUGAUGUGCUUAUUGAAUUUCUUCAGAAUGUUUCAAAUGUGACAGAAAAUAACCAAGUUAUCAAUCUGGUGCAAGGAAAAUUUUUUCUCAGCCGGAAAUCAAAACUUUAUAUCCGACCCUGCUGGCAUCAACUUCUUCAACUUGUGUUGAAUUGUGAAAGUCCUCGUGUCUAUAUUGGUGGAACUCCUGGUUGUAGCAAAACAUGCUUUGGUGAUUUUCUUAUUACUGAAUUGAUCAAGAGAAAUCAUACAGUUGUCAUUCAAACUGUUCGUAAUCCAGAUACCCUAUACAUUUGUCAAAAUGGAAAAGCUACCCAAGCUGGAAAAUCUGCCUCAAUAAGAGAAUUGGAAAAUUUGGACAAUUGGUACAUCUGUGAUGGAGUAAAACCAUGUUAUGCAAGAGCAAGAUCAGUUCUAAUUUCUUCCCCUAGGGAGAGUAUCAGAAAAGAAUUUAUGAAAUGGGAUGAUAAUGAUAGGAAAGAUUUGCCAAGCUUACCUGAAUGUUUCUAUAUGCCAACAUGGUCUAUUGAUGAAUUAAUGGACUGUUGUGAACGAUGUUAUCCUAAUAUAAGCAUAGACAAUCUUCGUUCAUUAUUUACAAAAUGGGGAGGUAUUCCUCGAUUUAUCUUUGCAGUUAAUGGGUCAGAUGAUGCAUUUAAUAAAGCAAUCUCCCGAACAAAUUGGCAGUUGGUAGUGGACUAUGCUGGCAAAACUGAUUGUCCUUUGGAAAUUACCCACAAAGUUGUGCACCUUUCUGUCUCAGAUUAUUUAAAACUGAGUUAA